AUGGAGCUGGGGCUCGCGGGUCGUAGGGCCCUUGUCACUGGGGCGGGCAAAGGCAUCGGACGCAGCACGGUCCAGGCGCUGCACGCGGCGGGCGCGCAGGUAGUGGCUGUGAGCCGCACCCAGGCCGACCUGGACAGCCUGGUCCGCGAGUGCCCUGGCGUUGAGCCCGUGUGUGUGGACCUGGCUGACUGGGAGGCCACGGAGAAGGCACUGGGCGUCGUGGGUCCUGUGGACCUGCUGGUGAACAGUGCUGCUGUGGCCCUGCUGCAGCCCUUUCUGGAGGUCACCAAGGAGGCGUUUGACAUGUCCUUUGAUGUGAAUCUGCGUGCUGUCAUCCAGGUGUCCCAGAUCGUGGCCCGGAACCUGAUCGCCCGGGGAGCCCCGGGGGCCAUCGUGAAUGUCUCCAGCCAGGGUUCCCAGCGUGCCCUGACCAACCACAGUGUCUACUGCUCCACCAAGGGUGCCAUGGACAUGCUGACCAAGGUGAUGGCCCUGGAGCUUGGGCCACACAAGAUCCGCGUCAAUGCAGUGAACCCCACAGUGGUGAUGACACCCAUGGGCCGGGCCAACUGGAGCGACCCCCAGAAGGCCAAGGCCAUGCUGGACCGUAUCCCACUGGGCCAGUUUGCUGAGGUGGAGCACGUGGUAGAUAGCAUCCUCUUCUUGCUGAGUGACCGCAGUGGCAUGACCACGGGCUCCACCCUGCCGGUGGACGGCGGCUUCCUGGCCACCUGAGUGCCUCCCCACGCCUGUCCAGUCCCAGGCGUAACUCCAGCUGAAGCUGGUUAAGAUCGCUCCAAGUACCGAGUAAGAAAAAGUGAGACAAUGAAGAUGUGGGCCGGAACUCAAUCCUUGUCAAUGACUGAGCUACAUUUUUCUGAUCGGAUAAUAGUUUUCGAAUGCUGGUGGAGUAUUUGAUCAACUUUGUGUGCUGUUUACAAUGUAACGGCCCCAGACUCCACACACUUAAGCUUAAUCUGAGUUAUGAACAUUUUUUCCAUCAGUUUCUUAAGUCUAGACAAUAAACAA